GGCCUCUCAAGCCAGUUCCAUCAUUUCACAUGGCCAGCAGUGGCGCAGCGCUGCCACUUGCAGGACUUGCGGGGUUACCCAUCAGCCCCAGUGCCCUGUCAGGCCGCCGCCAGCUGCCACGACUGCACUUGCCAUGCUCUGCACAAGCGCAGGAGGCGCCACAACAGCCGCAAGCUGUCACUGCAAGUCCAAGCACAUUGGAGGAGCAGGUAUCGAGCCUCCCAAGCUUUCAGGAUGCAUACAAGCUAGGCGAGUUCUUGGGCUCUGGCAGCAUGUCAGUUGUGCGAAGGUGCGUACGAAAGUUGGAUGGGCAGAUUUUCGCAGUGAAAUGUGUGACUGCAAUCGAUGAAGAAGUAAGACAAUUUAGCCGGGACGAGUAUGAGCUUGUCCGGACUUUGCGGCAUCCAGCAAUCAUUACCUUCAGAGCCUGGUUUGAAGGUCCCGUAUCCGCCUGGAUUGUUAUGGACCUUUGCAGCGGCGGUUCAGUGGAAUCCUUUGUGCGACGUGAGGGUGCACUUCGAGAGCCGCAAGUGCAAGACCUUGGCUUUCAACUUAUUCGUGGGAUCGAUUAUUUGCACCACAAGAGAGUCGUGCACCGCGACUUGAAGCCUGCGAAUUUGCUUUUGAAUCGGCAGGUUUCUUCCACGGCGCCAUCUCCAGCUCAUAGGCCAUUGGAAGGAGAACUGCUGUGGCCCUGGCAGCUGAAGAUCACAGACUUCAACAGUGCCAAAAGAGUGGGAGCCUGCAAUGGAUUGCUUCUCACCGACCGUGGCACGCAGCUCUACAAUGCACCGGAACUCAGGUUCGGCCGACUUUGGAAUGAACGCAUUGACAUUUGGGCCAGUGGGUUAUGCCUCUACUUCAUGCUCCGAAAGACUGUGCCCUUUAACAUUGGUGAUCAGAAGGUCGCUGAUACACUGCUCUCAGGCAAGCUUCCUCACAUUGACUGGAGCAUGAUGUCUCCACUGGCUGGCAACUUGAUAAGGCAGUGCCUUUUCGUGGAUCCAUGUGACCGGCCAACGGCUAUGGAGCUGCGAUUGCACCUUUUCUUUGCGUCCAAGCGGAUGCCGGAAUCGAGGAAGGGGAGCAUAGAACAGUUCGAGGUUGCAGACCGCAGAGAAUCCAAGGAGUCUUUGGGCACCAGCACCUCAAGUUUCACGGCCAGUCGCCGGAUGUCCCUGGAGAGCAUUCCGGUGGAGCGUUCGGUAAUGGUCUCGUCUUGUGGGCUUAUCUUUGUGGGAGCUGCACGAGCAGGCGAGGUCCGCAACCGGGGCUCCGUCUGGCUGGAGGUUGAGGAGCAACUUCAACGAACCCGAGGUGGCAGCAAAGGCAUUGCAAGUCGUGCGCCAUUCCUGGGCGUGCGAAGCUUUCCUGUUUGCCCAUCUCAGCAUUGCCCAUCGCCUUACAGCUCUCAGCUGGCAGCGCAGCGCCAAUGCGAUGGCAGAAAAUCCUCGCGAGUGCGAAGCCACAGCAUGUACCUAAGUACACCAAAGGCAUGCGACGCAGUACCAAGGUCGCCGCAGCAAGCAGCAAAGAGUCACAGCCAGUGCUGGAAGGAGCCUAGAAGCUUCGAUGUCUUGCUGCGCAUGGCUAAUGAAAAGUUUCGGCAGAUGAACGAAUUGCUGGAUGAGGACAAAGACAUCGAGAUGCGGGAGGACGAAGAAAGAUCUGUGGGCCGGCCUCGGGCAUCUGACAAGGUCAGCUGCUUCUCGGUGAUGUAUGUGGCAUUCAGGUUUCUGUCACAGCUUUGCAGCUGGUUGGGUUCUCAGCAUGUUCAAGUUUUUCAGCAUGCCACAGCCCUUUUUGUUGCAAAUGCAAGGUCAAUGUACAUCAUGAUCUAAUUAUAUAUUCGGUUGUUUGCAAUUUGCUGCGGAGUUUGUUGUCGAUGUGAAUGAUGAAAUUAGGAAAGGGGAGGUCGGUCAUGCUGGCAAGACCUUGGGUUGUCGGCCUUUGUGUGCGUGUGUAUGCAAUGUUGUCGUACCGGGGAUGGUUGCACUUUCCUGAGAUAUUUUACAGCGAUUGCCAAAGGUUCUUUGUGUUGAUAAGAGGAUGCACACAAUUUCAAUCAAUUUCAUUUUCUCCCAAUUUUGGGUUGAAUGGUGUUGAAUAUCCUUCCGUGUGUUGAUUUUUAUUGUGUGUGCUUUAAUGUUUUAGCGCUUGCAAUAAGAUUCAAAACCACAGCUGUCAGGCCUGCGUUUAGGCGUGCCUGCCCACUUAUGCUCAGUUUGGGCAGAGAGAGUUUUUGUUAGUCAAGUGAGGGGGAUGCCCAUCGCUUCUGGUUGAGCAAAGUCAACCGUGUUUUGUUCGACCCGUUGUUUCCGCUUGUAAAGUACUUUGAGAAAAGUUGCUGGAAUAAGCCAAGAAAGACUCGCACGUGCACAUCUUGGGUCCCAGAGAGACCGGUUGAAGCUGUUGGUUUGAUGUCAUACUGCCCCAAGUAUAGUUUGAGUGUCCAAAGCAUGAAGGCAAGAAUAGUAUCAAAAUUUCAGGCUUUGAGACAAAUCAACGUGCACUCGGCUGCCAGGAAGGCGGAUGCACCAGUUCCCUGAGGGAAUAGGUGACAGCAUUUGCGCUGAGUGAAUAGGUUGAUGACCUAGCGUGGCAAG